AUGGCGCGCCACCCAAUCUUCAACGCGACGCUGCAGGCGGCCCUGCUGGGCGCCAUCUCCAAUGUGCUGGCGCAGCUCAUCACGGCGAACAGAAACAAGACUGAGAUGGCGAUAGACUGGAUCCCCGUGUUCCAGUUCCUGCUUUACAGCGUGGUCAACACGCCGCCCAACUUUCUCUGGCAGGAAUUCCUCGAGUCCGUCUUUCCGUCGCACCCAUCCUCGGGCGCGAAGUCCAAGGCUACGCAAGCCAGCAAAGCCCGUGACGAGGGCAAGGAGACGAAGCAGCAGAAAAAGAAUCAGCAGCAGAAGAAGCAAAACGACGACGAGCCGCCCCUCUCCCUGCGCAACACGCUCGCCAAGUUCCUCCUCGACAACACCCUCGGCGCCGCCGUAAACACCCUCCUCUUCAGCACCUUCACCCACGCCCUCCGCGCCGCCAUGCACCCCGCCCCGCGAAUCACCAAUCUGACCCGCGCCGUCGACCACUGGACCCGCCCGGGGAGCAUCGACUUCGCCGCCGUCGACGGCGACGCCGUAUGGGCCGCCGCCCGCGCCGAGUUCUGGCCCAUUGUCCUCGCCGGCGUCAAGUUCUGGCCCCUCGUCAGCCUCGUCAACUUUUCUCUCGUCAAAACUGUCGAGGGGCGCAACCUCGUUGGAUGCCUGGCGGGCGUCGCGUGGGGCGUCUAUAUGAGCAUGUUUGCUGCGCAGUAA